ACAAGCAUGAUGUCUGAUCCAGUGCCCCUGCUUGAUGGCCCGCGUCAUGAUGAAGCUAUCACCAAGGUGCCUCGCUGCCUGUCUGCCAGCUGUGCAGUUGGUAGCCUACAAUACAGCCUUUGUCUCCGGCGCAACUGCAGGAGCAGCAUUGAGUACAGGAGUCGCAGCACACGUGUGCAAGGAAAGUGCUGGCACUGCCGCAAUGCAAGUUGCUGCGGCCUUUCUAUGUGAAGGCUUUCAGCAGGUAGUUCACAACAAAUUCUGCAACUGGCUUUUCCGCUGCGGCUGCACUUGGGAAUGGGCUGGCGGCUGGAACAAAUGCAACGUGCGCAAUGCAUUUGGUCCAAAAUGCCCUUGGUGUGUCGCAAGGCUAUCCAUCUCAUGGACCACUGACUGCCUUCCACUGGUUUUCAUGCUGCUGGUCUUCAGUGAGGCAAAAGCAAGGAGGUCGCCAUUCUGGGUACAGCUCCUGUUGCCGAUUUUCAGCUUCCUGUUGCUGGGCACGCUGGUUGCAUUCUGCUUCAAACUGGCCUCCGGCUACCCUUACUUCAUUGGUGGGCCUGUCCGUGGAAAAGACAUCAUGACAGACAGUAAUCAUGAGACAUCAUGAUUAAUAGUCACUGAAACCAAUGGCAUCCAAUAUAUUGGCUGUCCAAGUCAUCAGACAGCUGUUGACAGCGCGUCGAAAA